AUGCCUCGUGGUAAGAAAAGUAAGCUUCGUGCCCGUGAGAAACGCCACCACCAGGCCCAAAGUGAAGACCAGGGUCACAGGAUUGCUCACACCACCACCGCAGGGGAAGAAGAGUCUCCCUCGUCCCCCUCACUUACGUUGGAGGGUAGUCCUCCCAGCUCCCCUGCUGCAGGCACUCCCCAGCAGUCUCAGAGAGGCCUGGCCUCCAAUUCUGCUGCAACCAUUUCCUGUGAGAGUUCUGGUGAAGGUGCCAAGAGCCAAAGGAAGGAAAGACCAAGUUCCUCCCAGGCCCCGCCCUCCUCAGAGAGCUCUAGGGAAGAUCUUCUGGCCAAUAAAGUAAGCAUGUUAGUGAAGGCUCUAUUGUACAAGUAUGAAAUGAAAGAGCCCAUUACAAAAGAAGAAAUGCUGAAGGUUAUCAACAAGAGGUACAAGGCGCACUUUCCUGAAAUCCUCCAGAGAGCCUCUGAGCGCUUGGAGCUGACCUUUGGCCUCGACCUGAAAGAAGUUGACCCCAGUCGUCACUGUUAUAUCCUUGUCAGCCAACUGGAUCUUCACAACGAAGAGAGUCGGAGUGAUGGCGGCAUGGUCCUUCCCAAAAAUGGCCUCCUGAUGCCUCUCUUGGGCAUGAUCUUCUUGAAUGGCAAUCAUGCCACUGAAGAAGAGGUGUGGGAAUUCCUGAAUAUGAUGGGCGUCUAUGCUGAGAGGAGGCACUUCAUCUUUGGGGAGCCCAGGAAGCUCAUCACCAUAGAUUUGGUGCAGCAAAAGUUCCUGGAGUACCGUCAGGUGCCCCACAGUGAUCCUCCACGCUACGAAUUCCUGUGGGGCCCAAAAGCCUACGCUGAAACCAGCAAGAUGAAAGUCUUAGAGUUUUGGGCUAAAAUCAAUAAUAUACUCCCCACCAGCUUCCAGACCCAGUAUAAGGAGGCUUUGAGAGAUGAGGAAGAGAGAGCCCGAGUCAGAGCAGCAGCCAGGGCCCACUCCAGAGCCAUGACCAGCAGCUCCUGCCAGCAGCGCUAG